AUGAUUUCAGGCGGCCCCCAAAAAAAGCUCCAGCAGCUGGAGCGCGUUGGGCCACAAUGGUCUGAUAGUAGUGAUGACGAAGAUGAGCGUCGUGUUGUUCGAUCAGCGAAAGAUAAGCAGUGGACGAAUUUGCAACAGAUCAUCAAAACAAUGACUGAUCGCCGAAAAAUUGAAGAUUUUGCGCAAGUUCAAGAAGGGGGAUCUGACCAAGAUUCUUCUGAGACCUCAAGUGAAAGCAGUAGUGAGGAUGAAAGUUCCUCUGAUCUCUCGUCUGAUGAUGAAGAUGGAAAAGCGAAGGACUCCGCAUCCGAAGAUUCAGAUGAUAAUGAGUGGGGAAGUUCAAGCGAUGAAUCUGUUCAUGAGGAACCUGGAAAAGACGUCGAUCGAUACGAUUAUGCGCUUGAGAGAUGGGGAAAGAAGACAGAUGAUAAAAAAGCAAAACCAGACAAAGCGAAAGUCAAGGAUAAAGAGAAAGCUGCACCAAAAAUCAAAGCAGCUAAACAAGUGCCAGAAGCUAUUGAUGCAGAUCUGAUAUCGAAGAAAUUGCAGGAAGUAACGGCGCUCAGAGGAAGAAAGGGCUUCGAUCGGAUUGAACAAAUCCGCCAUUUGCACGAAUUGGCUGAUGCGGCGAAAAGCGUUGGAUCGAAGAACGUUUUGGAAGUUCUUGGUCAUUUAAUUAGCGCGUACUUUGACGCGAAUUUUGGUAAGCGGCAAUAUGAAGUGGAUAAUCUAGACAAUGGGGCAUUUGCUUGCAUGCCUUCUCAGCAGUGGAUGCUGUGCUAUCAACAGAUCGAUUCCGCACUCUCUAUCUUGCGAAAGGAAAAGGAUUGUUACUUCCCUUUCCUAAUCGCUGAAGAAGAGGAAGAAGAGUCGGCGUUGGAGCCUGAAACUGAAGGGACGUCGACUGCAGCGCUAUUGAAGGUGCAACAGGAGGGAGGGGACGGAGAGAUGAAGGAGUCGAAGGCAAGAAUGAGCACAGCAUUGAUUUGCACGAGCUUUUUGGAGCGCCUUGAUGACGAACUGACGAAGGCCCUCCAGCUGACUGACGUACACGCUGUCGAGUACAAGGUCCGCUUGGGGCAAACUGUUGAUAUUCUAGCGCUGUUAUGGAAGGCGUACAUCUAUUCUGUAUCUGCAGAGCAGGCAGAAUGUUCUCGCAUUAUAAGUCUUCGUAUCUUGGAACAGAUUUACUACAAGAAUGACGCAAUUGCCUCUCGUAUGUGGGAACUUGUUAAGAAACGUCUUCAGCACAACGACGUUUCAUCGUUAUCUGGCGACUUUGCUGCAAAUAAAAUUGUUCCUAAUUUAUGUCGUCAAGUUUUGGAGUCAUCGGCUGAUAUCAAGAUCAAGACGCGUGUGGUUCUUUAUCUGGCUUACUACGAAUCUCUUCAUGGAUACUUCUACGAUGCUCGAGAUCUUUUGCAGACUGCGAAUGUCCAGGAAUUGGCGUCUCAAUGCAACAUUUCAACUCAGAUUCUCUACAAUCGAAAUCUCGUUCAACUGGGUCUCUCUGCUUUCCGUCUCGGAUUGAUUUCUGAAGCGCACAAUUAUCUCUCGGAGGUUUGUGCAAUGGGAAGAUACAAAGAGCUCCUGGCUCAGGGACUUUCCAAUCCUCGGGGUGUUGAAAAAUCUCCCGAACAAGAGAGAUUAGAGAAGCGCCGCCUUCUUCCUUACCAUAUGCACAUUGCGGCUGAUCUCGUUGAAGCUGUCCACAACAUGUGA